AAAAACAAGCAGCAGUCUGUUGCAGGUAAACAAAAAUAACAAGCGGUGCAGAUACUGGUAAAUUGCCCGACAAAACAAGGAUUUCGAUUACAAACGGCAUUUGGACACAGAAAGCGGUGAAAAAUGUCCUCGCCCUCGGAUCACAAACCUGCAACAGCAGAUAGGUGCUAUAAUGAUAAAAGUCCUCCACUGUAUCCAAGCACGCAUCGGUUCCAGCCGCUCGGAUUUAGCACACCCCAGCAGCGCGGGGACUUUUCGUUUCAGGCAAGAAAUUGUUACUCCGCACAGCCGAAACAUUUACUACCGCGAGCUAAGGGUAGCGAUGGGCGUUAUCGGCACAGACCAGACGAUACCCCAUACCAGGAUCGAUCAAACCAUUUCUCACAGGACCGCACGGGUAACGCUGAGCAGAGAAAUGCAAAUUUUAAUUCCGGAAAACGUCUUGGUUUUGGUCAUAGCUGGAGAGGACACAAUAACAGAAAUCAACGCUUUGGAGGGCACAGACCACAACACAACCAUCGGCAACGGCAGACGAGCAACGAAUCAUACAACAUCGGGGAUUAUUUCCAUCCAUCCAUGCUGGAGGAUCCGUGGGAGUUUUGGCUACGGAAAGACAAUCCAGCAAUUGAUCACUCCCCGAAACAAGAAUCUUCGGAUAGGGCGGAAGAAGAGGUUGGAGAUAUCGAAAAUAGUGACGAAUAGUUGCUCCAUGUAGCUAGAAAUCACUGCCCGGACGUGCGUUGGAAUGUAAAUAUGUACUUGUGUACAAGAAAAGAAUAACUCAUUUGUACAAAAUUCUACGGAAGCGUAGUUUUAAUGCGUAACACUGCAGAAGAGAGAAAACCUUUUUUUUACAAAAAUAAAAUACAAUUAUUAAUCAUAUUAA